AUGGACCCGAGUUACACUACCCUAAUACAUUUCCUGACCACCGGCCCCGAGGGCAAGCUGAUGAAGCCCAACGUCAUGGGUAUGGACAACGUGGAGCCAUCCAAGUCCCGCUUUAAGAUGUACUUCACGUCAGCCCACACCAGCUUGAAGUCGGUCCGCGAAAUCAUGACAAUGGGCGGAAUCUGCGACUCCUCCGAAGAGAGCCUGCAGGACCUGCGCUCCAUGACCCUUGCUGUCUUAGGCCUGCCAGCAGAUUUCCCUGAGGAGCAGGAGAUUUCCGUCGAGGCCACCACAGGUGGCAACUCGUGGAAGGACUUUAAAGCUUUGUGCGAUGGCUUCAUCUACUUCUUCGAUAUUGCCCCCAAGAGCGGCAAGCCGGAGGUCAAGUAUUAUUUGACCACUCGCAAGUACGGUGCGGACGACCUGACCAUUGCCCGCAACUUAAUGGCCCGGAUGCACGCGCAUAGCCGUGGCACGCACUAUGAUGCGUAUCUUGCCAUGCUAGGGAGACUUGCCAAGCACAGGGAUCUGGAGAAUGGCAAGGGAAUGCAUGCCUACAUCAGCUACUAG